ACAACCAAUUCUCUCUCUCUCUCUCUCUCUUUUUGGGUUUCCCUUUUUUUAAGAGUGAUCAUCGCCUGUUGAGGUAACCGUUAGAGAAGGAACAGGGAAUCGGCGGAGAUCGAGCGAGUGUUUCCGGCGGCUCAUCAGCUGGAUUUUGCGGCACUCAGCUCAAAGAUUUCACCUUUUCUUUUGGGUUUUUCUUUUCUUUAUUCCUUUAAGGAAAAUGAUGCGGAUUAUGAAUGAAGGAGGCCAUACUUGUCCUAAGAAAACUGAUGACAUCUGUGGAGAUGUUUGUGGUCAGGGAUCUAGCCGGCUGAGCAUGUCGAGAAUCCGCUGCAUACUGCGUGGCAUCGAUUUGAAAACUUAUAUAGUUCUAUUUGUACUAGUUCCUACGUUCGUUUUUGGUGUGUAUGUUCACGGACAGAAGAUUUCAUACUUCUUGCGGCCGCUGUGGGAAUCACCGCCCAAGCCUUUCCGUGAUAUCCCACAUUAUUAUCAUGAGAAUGUGUCAAUGGAGACACUCUGCAAACUUCAUGGUUGGAGAGUUCGUGAGUUUCCAAGACGAGUAUACGAUGCAGUGUUGUUCAGCAACGAAGUGGAUAUUCUUACCCUACGGUGGCAAGAGUUAUAUCCUUAUGUUACCCAAUUUGUUCUUCUUGAGUCUAAUUCCACAUUUACUGGAAUUCCGAAGCCUAUGAUUUUUGCUAGUAAUCGAGAUCAGUUCAAAUUUGUUGAGCCCCGACUGACUUAUGGGUCCAUUGGAGGAAGGUUUAAGAAGGGAGAAAACCCAUUCGUUGAGGAGGCUAUGCAGCGAGUAGCAUUAGACCAGCUUCUCAAAAUAGCUGGGAUUACUGAUGAUGACUUGUUGAUAAUGUCUGAUGUUGACGAGAUACCAAGCAGACAUACUAUCAACCUAUUGAGAUGGUGUGAUGACAUUCCUCAAGUUCUUCAUCUUCGGCUAAAGAAUUAUCUUUAUUCUUUCGAGUUUCUCGUGGAUGAUAAAAGCUGGAGGGCGUCGGUCCACAGGUAUCAGACGGGUAAAACAAGAUACGCACAUUAUCGUCAGACAGAUGAGAUUUUGGCGGAUGCAGGGUGGCACUGCAGUUUUUGCUUCCGCCAUAUUAGCCAGUUCAUAUUUAAGAUGAAAGCAUACAGCCAUAGUGAUAGAGUGAGGUUUUCUCAUUACUUGAACCUGAAAAGAAUCCAGAGAGUAAUUUGCAAGGGUGCCGAUCUAUUCGACAUGCUUCCAGAGGAGUAUACAUUCAAGGAAAUAAUCGGCAAAAUGGGUCCAAUUCCUCAUUCUUUCUCGGCUGUUCAUCUUCCAUCACAUCUUUUAGAGAAUACAGAUAAAUACAAAUUUCUUUUGCCUGGAAAUUGUUUAAGAGAAAGUGGCUGAUUCUUCUAAGUACUAGGUGGUUUUGGCUAGUUAGAGGCGCUACCGAGGUGACUCCCCACGAUGGGUUCGACUGCGUUGCCUCACUGAGCAGCCUCGUCUUCUACCGAGCUAAAAUGUCCAGUUCCCUGGGAAAAUGAUUGAAGAGUUGUAGGUUUGUACAUAUAACUUAUUUUUGGUUGAUUAUGUGUAGUAUGUUAGGGGAAUUUUGUGGAGACAAUUUAUUCAAUACACGUUUUUAUAUUCCUUUUUUCA